AUGUACAGAACAUAUUCCGUUGAGCCAAUAAUAUACAACACUUACAACUGUGUUUAUCUGAAGCCAAAAAAAACAAUUAGUAGCCCUUUUUAUUAUCCUUUGGCUGUGACAGGGGAAUAUCUGUUAAGUUCAAAAACAGAGGGAUGUUGUAGUUCUACUAGAAAAUAUGCUUUAUAUCCAGAAAGCUAUUUUUACCCAAAUUAUUAUUAUUAUUAUUAUUAUUAUCCUUCAUACACUACAGAUAAUUCCUAUUUAAACAAUUAUACAUAUAAGGAUGAUGAUAAUACAGAAAAGAAAAAAAAUGAUUCAGAAAAAAAAAAAGAAUAUGAAUAUGUAGAUAGAGAUAAAUAUGUAUGCAACCAUUUUUCUGUGGAAUCUUCUUACGUUCCGAAAAGAGCUGUUUAUAUCCCACCGACUAUUAUUGUUCCAUGA